AUGACGGAAUUAUCUGACAGCGGCAUUCUUGCUGGAUACGAAAUUAUUGAUGUUGACCAAGUUCAUGAAUACAAUGUACAAGAUUACACAGACACAUCCCCAUCCACUAGCUCUCCUUUGACACCAGCUAGUUUUGCUUACAUGUCAUCUUCGACCAUCCUCAAUCAAAAUGCAUCAGCAGAAAACGUUUCUCCUUCAGAAUCCGAAUCCGACAGUUCUGUUGCCAUAGAAGUUCAGCAACCAAAGGAUCUCACUAAAAAUGACUCUGUAUUCGUGUACGAUGAGCAACCUGAGUACGUGACCCCACCCAUACCUGAUUUGCGUUUCCAGUCUACAUACUAUGCAUCUUUGGAGAAGGCACAUGGCAACAUCUGGUUGAUUACGAUGAUUACGUUACGAGACCAUGCUAUAUACCCCUUCUUAAGUGGUAGUAUGUGGGUUUUAUUGCGCUAUGCCUUUCGUAGUCUCGGUUUGCAAACACUUGGUCAUCGUUUUGGCCUUAUGCUUCGGAGAGUGUUUGCCAGUUUGGGUGCGACCGUAUGGAAACGUCGUUAA